UGAAAAGUCAGUAAGGCUAGUGUAAUCGAUGCCAGAUGACGUGAUAAGGGCAGUCAUGGCGCUGGUCAGUCGGAGUUGUGCCGCUGUUAGUCGUUUGUCUUCGUGUAAUCAGAUUUUGUUGUCACCCAGAUGUUAUGAAGCUUCUCAUCAGGUCUGUGUGAGUCGAAUGAGCAACGCUGCCAGCACGUCACACACACUACAGGACAAAAAGAAAGCAAUAAAAGAAGAUGGACUGAAGCUGCAGGACUUUAUAUCAGGAGAUCUGUCUGAGAAGAGCAAAUGGGAGGAAUACAGAGGCAACCUGAAGCGACAGAAAGGAGAACGGCUCAGGUUACCACCGUGGCUAAAGACCGAGAUUCCUAUCGGGAAAAACUUCAACCGACUGAAGAACACGCUCAGAGACCUGAAGCUACACACCGUGUGUGAAGAGGCCAGAUGUCCGAACAUCGGCGAGUGUUGGGGAGGUGGAGAGUACGCUACUGCCACGGCAACCAUCAUGUUGAUGGGGGACACGUGCACACGUGGCUGCAGGUUUUGUUCAGUAAAGACAGCGAGGAAGCCACCUCCUCUCGACCCGGAUGAGCCUUAUAACACAGCUAAAGCUAUUGCUGCCUGGGGGCUCGACUAUGUAGUGCUCACUUCAGUGGACAGAGACGACCUCGCUGAUGGAGGUGCAGAACACUUUGCCCAGACUGUGUCUCAUCUCAAGGAGAGGAACCCUAACAUCCUAGUAGAGUGUUUGACGCCGGAUUUUCGCGGUGAUCUGUUGGCAGUGGAGAAAGUGGCUCUGUCUGGUCUGGAUGUUUACGCUCACAACGUAGAGACAGUGAGAGAACUGCAGAGGUAUGUGCGUGACCCACGUGCGAACUUUGACCAGUCUCUUGCUGUGCUGCGCCAUGUUAAGGGUGUCAAUCCGAGCAUACUCACCAAAACCUCAAUUAUGCUCGGACUUGGUGAAACAGACGCACAGAUACACGCUACUCUGAAAGAGUUGAGGGACUCUGAUGUGGACUGUUUGACCCUUGGCCAGUACAUGCAACCAACAAAACGACAUCUGAAGGUUGAGGAGUACAUCACCCCGGAGAUGUUUGCUCACUGGGAGAAGGUGGGACAGGAAAUGGGGUUCGUUUACACAGCGAGUGGUCCCCUAGUGCGCUCCUCUUAUAAAGCAGGGGAGUUCUUCCUAAAGAACCUGCUGAAAAAGAGAAAGAUGGAAGGAACCAUGGAGUGAAGAUCUUCAACCUGGACUCUUUCCAUCUUGCAUUCUCUUCUCCAAUAAUCAUAGAACUACAGAAUAUAUUUAUAAUAAGCCACAGUGUCAAUAUGUUUAAUGUUAGCAGGAUGGGAAAGGAUGAAAUGUCAGUAAAUGUAGUCUUCUGGUAUGUGGAAGAGAGGGUAAGAAAGACAUCAGUAGAAGUGUCUGGGUUUUAUUUAUGAAGAAAGAGAAGUCUUCAUAAUGCUUCUUUAGUCAAGCAUCAUCAGGGUGGUGAAGUGAUACACCAAAGUCAUUGAGAGAGAAAUUGUAUACAGGGGGAAUAUAAUUAAAAAGUAAAUCAAGAACUGUACAGUGCAAUAAAAUGAUUUUAAAGCA